UCGUGAGAUGCUCAUCUUCUUCCUUUGAACCACUAACUGAGGUCACAAAACAGGAAUCCCAUUUCUCCUUAGUUAUAUCGAAGAAGUGAUCCAAUCCACGACCAUAAUUCACACUGCAGUUCACAGGAAACACUGUUAAGGUAUUUUCUUUUCCAUGUAUUUUAGAACGUGGAGAAAAAUUGUUUCUUGUCUUGAAUAAGCACCAAUCUGAAUGAAGAACAUGGAGCACAACAAUUUCCAAGGUGUUAGAACAACCUCUCGUGAUAGCAGCGUAGGUCUUGUUUGCCACUAUCAGUUCGAAAAUGGUUCAUCUCAGUUUCUCUUUUUGGAUGAUGCUGAGAAUGGUGCUGUCCUUAACAAUUCCCUCAGCUUCUUCACUGAAAACUUUGUGCAAUCACUUGCUUCUAGCAAUGGUUUGAUCCUCUUGUCUGGCUAUAGUGUUGAUCAACCCUGCUAUUAUGUCUUCAAUCCCCUCACCAAGAACUCUCACUUGAUUCCUCAGGCUAGCACCCUUGGCCGCAUAAUUCGAAUCGGGUUAGCCUAUGAUGGUUCCCAAUUUGAGGUUGUGAUUGUUGAAGCAGGAUCUUCAUCCGAAUCUAACGGACUAGAACUGCAUAUCUUCUCUUCUGGCACUGGAUGUUGGAGUAGGAAACACCUCACCAAUUUGACUUUGCCAUCUUUGCCAGAGUUCGAGUUUCAGGAGCUUGGCACGCCUCCUCUUUACUCGAACGGAGGGAUCCAUUGGGAAAUAGCAGGGUAUUUGCUUGUGUACCAAGUCAAAGGUAGCCAUUGUGAGCUAUUUGAACUGCCAAAUUUGUUUGAUGAUUGGUCUUGGCAAUCAACAAUGACUUACCGUCGUUCUUUAUGCGAAUCGGGUGGUCGAGUGUACUAUUGUUACACCGAUUUUGAUGGCUUCCACAUUUGGGAUCUUCUCAAGGAAGAUGAUAUUCUUGGAACAUACUAUGCUUGCAUUGAUUCCAAAAGGUUUAGAUGGAGACUAGUCCAAAGCAUCAUGCAUGAAGUAUUUAUCUCAAAGUACCAAAUUUUUUAUGGCAGAUUCAUUGAUUGGGAACCUUACAAGAUUUCACCAAUUGGUUAUAGUGAACAAGCACGGAGCAUAUAUUUGCAGAUUCCAGGAACUGUUGUUUCUUACAAUUUUGAUACAGGAAUUAUGAGAACAAUCUGCAACUACUCAUAUCCAGGAAUUAACUUCAAUUGCUGCAAAUUUCUUCCUUUAAUUGCUUCUGGGGUCACCAAUGGUACAAGAGAAGUGGACUUGCUGCCUAAGGAACAAAUGGAGCUGAAUCUUCCAAUAGCAGAGAUGGAGACGUUAUCUCUUUGAGAUUCUGUAUAGUGUAUAGAGAAUUAGAGAUUAUGGUUAUUCUAAUGUCAAUAAAUACUGUAUUUACUGUUAGGAUUAGUUUUCUUAGUGUCUGAUAGAUAAUUAAUUAGUGGAAACUUUAGAGUGAAAUAUUUAAGUAUGCAUUUUUUAUAUCCU